CUGUGCGCCAGACUCGACCCCCGGAGGCGUCGCGCGGAGACGGCGUAGCCAUGUUGCCGAGGACGGAUGUCUCCAAACAGGACAUUCGUGAACACAUUUGGGACUACAUGGAAUCACAGAAUUUAGCUGACUUUCCCCGACCUGUUCACCACAGGAUUCCCAACUUUAAGGGAGCUUCUCAUGCUGCUGAGCAACUCCUGCGCUUGCCAGCAUUCAGAACGGCCAGGACCAUAAAAGUAAAUCCUGAUGCUCCCCAGAAAAACGCUCGCUUCUUCGUUCUUGAAAACAAAAAAACAUUGUUGGUUCCAACACCACGACUGAGAACGGGGUUGUUUAAUAAGAUCACACCGCCCCCUGGGGCAACUAAAGACAUCUUGAGAAAAUGUGCCACCUCUCAGGGUGUGAGGAACUACAGUGUCCCCAUAGGCUUGGAUUCCAGAGUCCUUGUGGAUUUAGUUGUGGUGGGAUCCGUGGCCGUUUCUGAAAAAGGCUGGAGAAUCGGGAAAGGAGAAGGCUACGCCGAUCUGGAAUAUGCCAUGAUGGUGUCCAUGGGCGCCGUCAGCAAGGAGACGCCAGUGGUCACCAUCGUCCACGACUGCCAGGUUGUGGACAUCCCUGAGGAGCUCCUUGAGGAGCACGACAUCACUGUCGACUACAUCCUCACGCCAACCAGAGUCAUCACCACAGGCUGCGAGCGCCCAAAGCCAAUGGGAAUCACCUGGUCCAAGAUCAGCCGGGAGAUGAUGGAGAAAAUCCCAAUACUGAGGAGCCUCCGUGCCCGAGAGCAGCAGGCUGGGAAGGAUGUCACCCUCCAGGGUGAGCACCAGCAUCCUCCGGACCCAGGCCGGCAGCAGACAGUGCCCCCAAGUGCUGGCAGAAGGCCCCAGGACACACCCGGGCCAGAAGCCAACUCUGUGGAGGCAGCCUGCGGCUCCCCACCAGGGGAGGGUGCCCCUCUUGCAGCCGAUGUUUAUGUUGGGAACCUCCCCCGGGAUGCCCGUGUGAGUGAUCUGAAGAGAGCCCUGCGGGAACUCGGGUCUGUGCCCCUGCAGCUCACGUGGGAGGGCCGGCAGCACAGAGCCUUCCUCCAUUACCAGGACUCAGCCGCAGCCCAGCGGGCCGUCUCCUGCUUGCAGGGCUUGUGCCUGGGCACUGACACCUUGAGGGUGGCGCUGGCCAGGCAGCAGAGGGACAAGUGACCUCGUGGAAAGCCACAGAGCCCACUGCAGUGCGCCAUUCCCAUCACCUGCUGCUCCGGUUCGCGUGGCACUCGUGGCCUGUGUGGCGAGACGUGACGGAGCCUCUGUGUGAGCUGCUCGGGUCUCAGUGAAUUCCCAGGACCUCCUGUAAGUGGGAAAGCCAGCCCGCAGUGCAUCUCACACUGCGCAGGAGGCUGCAGCCCCCCGCUUGUGCAGGCCUUGAGCCAGUUUGUAUUUCUCUGGAAGGACAGAGCAGACGGGCCAGGGACUGAGUGAGCAGCGAAGCAGGUGUGGGAAGUGUGAAGAUGAUCUUGGGUUUGCAGGGUGGCCUCAACAGAAGAUGGACAAAGGAGCCAGCUUCCUAGAGGCUGUGGCAGGGACCUCACGCUGGCACAGAAGGGUGCCCCUGGGCUCCAGGCUUCUGAGCUGGCAGCACUGCAGGGAGAGCUCCGUUGACAUCGCAGGAGCCCAAGGAGCUCCACCCCUGGGUAAAAAGCACUUGCUGCAGCUCAGCUCCAUUCUCAGGCCACACUUGGGGGAGCCAGCCUUUCCUGGUCACCUCCCGAGCCAUGCUCCUCCCUCUGUGGACACACACGCCAGGCCCUCAGCCAGCUGCCCUGCCCCGCCCACAUGGGAGCAGCUUUGUGCUGUGGAGAGACUGGCUCUGGGAGGACAGGGUUCAUCCCAGCCUCUAUCACAUUUGCCCAUUGCCUUAUGUUUUCUGGGUUUUGUUCCUCCAGUUCUGUUUCUGAAAUGCCAGCUGGAGUUUGGCUGAAGGGUCCUUUCUCAACAGAAGGCUUUUUGCAAUUGAUCCUGGGCACCAGGUCAAAAUAAGCAUUUAAGGGGAGAUUUUUUUAAAUGUAUAUGCUUUGGAAAUGGAGUUUUUAGCCAGAGGGUUUUCCUGAAUGUUAUUUUAAGCACCUUAUUAUGCCUCAAGAGGGCAGCCCUUGCAUGCACUUAAAAGAACAUGUUCUCAGGACACUUGGUCUCACUGAAAGGGCAUUUUAAGGACAUUUUCUCAUUGGUUUUACCAUGAAAAUCCUGUGGAGACUUUGGAAAGAAAAUGCAGCCUUAGAUUUGCUCAUUAACUACCGGUUUCCUUUCCAAGUUGUCAUGAAUAAAGUGAGGGAGUAGAAGCGUCUGACAGUGCUACCCUGGGCCUGCUGUGUCCUUGGCCUCGCCUCUGCCGGCACGGCUGGUCACGUUUGUCACUGGGCAUUCGGCUCAGUGUCAGAAGCUGGCUCAGUCCCCGUUCAGAGGAGUCACCUAAACGGGGGGUGUUUGUUUUUUGUUUUGUUUUUUUUUUUUUAGAGUGCAGGCAGCAUAUGACAAGGCCACAGGUCAUCCCCACAGCUCGUCUGCAGAAGCUCCUAAGCCCACCGUUGUCACUGCAUGCGUUUCUGGUGGCCUUUGGUCAGUGGGCUGAUCGGGGUGGAAAAGGGUCCAUGGCUGAUUACGCUGAACUCAUCUUUUCUGUCUCUUUUUUUUUUUUAAAGAAUAUUUCUUUGAUUGAAAGAUUUCCAUUUGUUUUUUUGUUUCCUUUUUCCCUGUGGAUCUGCUGCCAUUAGAAUAGCAACUCCAGGAGAAGGGCAAGUGUGUCCGCCCCGCCCUGUCCGCUCCCUGCCCCGCCCGCAGCAGGAGCAGCUCCUGCAGGCAGGACUUGGGAAUGGACCCACUGGACCGGUAGAGGGAGAAGCUGGGUUCUGACUCCACCACCGCCAACUCCUGUGUCCACCCCACCCUCAGACGGUGGCGUUCUACGAGUCAGGGAAGCCAGAUUGCUGGAGUUUUCUGUCACUUUAGCCAGAAUAAUUCAGGUGUAUUGAUAUAUAGAUAAUUUGAAGGAGUUCCUCAUUUUUCUAUUUGUGGAACAUCGUCUAAGAAAAGCUAAAGAGUAAGCACCUAAAAUAAAAUCCCCCACACGCGUUAGCCUGCA